CGGUGGUUUGGCGACAGUUCUCGCCCAGAGAGCCUUUUACUUUUGCAGAGAUGCGGCAUUCCAAACGCACUCACUGCCCUGAUUGGGAUUCCAGAGAAAGUUGGGGACAUGAAAGCUACAGUGGAAGUCAUAAACGGAAGAGGAGGUCUCACAGUAGCACACAGGAGAACAGGCAUUGCAAACCGCAUCCUCAGUUUAAGGAAUCUGAUGGUCAUUAUUUAGAAGCAAGGUCCUUGAAUGAGAGAGAUUAUCGGGACCGGAGGUACAUUGAUGAAUACAGAAAUGACUACUGUGAAGGAUAUGUUCCUAGGCAUUAUCAAAGAGACAUUGAAAGCAGUUAUCGAAUCCACUGCAGUAAAUCUUCAGGUCAAAGCAGGAGAAGCAGUCCUAAAAGGAAGCGUAAUAGACACUGUUCAAGUCAUCAGUCUCAUUCGAAGAGCCACCGAAGGAAAAGAUCCAGGAGUAUAGAGGAUGAUGAGGAGGGUCACCUGAUCUGUCAAAGUGGAGACGUUCUAAGAGCAAGAUAUGAAAUCGUGGAUACUCUUGGUGAAGGGGCUUUUGGCAAAGUGGUAGAGUGCAUUGAUCAUGGCAUGAAUGGCAUGCAUGUUGCAGUGAAAAUUGUAAAAAAUGUAGGUCGAUACCGUGAAGCAGCUCGUUCAGAAAUUCAGGUGUUGGAACACUUGAAUAGUACUGAUCCUAAUAGUGUCUUCCGAUGCGUCCAGAUGCUGGAGUGGUUUGAUCAUCAUGGUCAUGUUUGUAUUGUGUUUGAACUGCUGGGACUUAGUACCUAUGAUUUCAUUAAAGAAAACAGCUUUCUGCCAUUUCAAAUUGAUCACAUCAGGCAAAUGGCAUAUCAGAUCUGCCAGUCAAUAAAUUUUUUGCAUCAUAAUAAAUUAACCCAUACAGACUUGAAGCCUGAAAAUAUUUUAUUUGUGAAGUCUGACUAUGUAGUCAAAUAUAAUUCUAAAAUGAAACGUGAUGAACGCACGCUGAAAAACACAGACAUCAAAGUUGUUGAUUUUGGAAGUGCAACGUAUGAUGAUGAACAUCAUAGUACUUUGGUGUCUACACGGCAUUACAGAGCUCCAGAGGUGAUUUUGGCUUUAGGUUGGUCUCAGCCUUGUGAUGUUUGGAGCAUCGGUUGCAUUCUUAUUGAAUAUUACCUUGGCUUCACAGUCUUUCAGACUCAUGAUAGUAAAGAACACCUGGCAAUGAUGGAACGAAUAUUAGGACCUAUACCAACACACAUGAUUCAGAAAACAAGAAAACGCAAAUAUUUUCACCAUGACCAGCUGGAUUGGGAUGAGCAUAGUUCUGCUGGUAGAUACGUUCGGAGACGCUGCAAACCAUUAAAGGAAUUUAUGCUUUGUCAUGAUGAAGAACAUGAGAAACUUUUUGACUUGGUUCGAAGGAUGUUAGAAUAUGAUCCAACUAAAAGAAUUACCUUGGAUGAAGCAUUACAACAUCCUUUCUUUGACUUAUUAAAAAAGAAAUGAAUUGGAAAUCAGUGGUCUUACUGUAUACUUCUCUAGAAGAGAUUACUUAAGACUGUGUCAGUCAACUAAACAUUCUAAUAUUUUUUGUAAACAUUAAAUUAUUUUGUACAGUUAAGUGUAAAUACUGUAUAUUUUGUAUCAAUACAAUAUCUUGUUAAGCAAAUGUGAUAAUUGAUGAAACAUAAAGGUGAACAUUAAUUUUCCUUUUUGAGCUUAACUAUCAUUUUUAAAGACCUUUGGAAUAUACUUUGUGUCCAGUGAUAAAUGUGAUUGAUCUUGCGUUUUUAUACAAUGAAAGUUGAUUCUUUAAAGAUUUUUUUGAGUAAAAGGAAAUCUUUACUACUUU